AUGAACGACUUUGACGAGUGCGGCCCGAGCGCAGCCAGCAUGUACCUGCCGGGCUGCGCCUACUACGUGGCCCCGUCGGACUUCGCCAGCAAGCCCUCGUUCCUGUCGCAGCCGUCGUCCUGCCAGAUGACUUUCCCCUACUCCUCCAACCUGGCGCCGCACGUCCAGCCGGUGCGCGAAGUGGCCUUCCGCGACUACGGCCUGGAGCGCGCCAAGUGGCCGUACCGCGGCGGCGGCGCGGGCGCCGAGGAGGCGGCCAUGCAGCGGGAGCUGCUCCCGCCCGCGGGCCGCCGGCCGGACGUGCUCUUCAAGGCGCCCGAGCCGGUGUGCGCCGCGCCCGGGCCGCCGCACGCGCCCGCGGGCGCCGCCUCCAACUUCUACAGCGCCGUGGGCCGCAACGGCAUCCUGCCGCAGGGCUUCGACCAGUUCUACGAGGCCGCGCCCGGGCCCCCGUUCGCCGGCCCGCAGCCCCCGCCGCCGCCCGCCCCGCCGCAGCCCGAGGGCGCCGCCGACAAGGGCGACCCCAAGCCCGGGCCCGGCGCGGGCGGCGGCGGGGGCAGCCCCUGUGCCAAGACGACCCCAGCCUCGGAGCCCAAGGGGGCGGCGGAAGGCGGCGCCGAGGGGCCCCGGGGGAGGCGGGGGCUGAGAAGAGCGGCGGCGCAGGAAACCAAUUUAGGUGGGCUUAAGGUAGACCUCGAGGAGGACCAUUUUAAUGGCUGCAGAGAGCUCCUGCCCGGGGUGGAAGCCCAGAGCCUGCCUCUCGCCCUCUGCUUCCCCACCUCUGUGCUGCUCUGCGUGCGCGCGUUGGCCCCCCAGCGGUCCCGGAAAAAACGCUGUCCCUACACCAAGUACCAGAUCCGCGAACUGGAACGCGAGUUUUUCUUUAACGUGUACAUAAACAAAGAGAAAAGACUCCAACUCUCUCGGAUGCUCAACCUCACUGACCGGCAAGUCAAAAUCUGGUUCCAGAAUCGCAGAAUGAAAGAAAAGAAACUGAACAGAGACCGUCUGCAGUAUUUCACUGGAAAUCCCUUAUUUUGA